CUCUGAUCGAGCGGUCACUUGUGCAGAAACCCUCCUGUAGUUCACCCACCAUGGGGCCUGGAGCAGCUCCCUUGCACCUGGAACUGUUCGUGGUUUUGUUUCCGCUGGCUCCGUUUCUCCUCGCUCACCGGAUGAUCCCAGACUCCUCCACCGCCGGCCUCGGGGUGAAGGAGUACUCGCAGAUUGUCGCCCAGCACAAUAGACUGCGCAGCCGGGUCAGACCCAUGGCAGCUAACAUGCAAAAAAUGGAGUGGGAUGAGAAGUUGGCCUUACUGGCAAAAGAGAUGGCAGAGUCCUGUCACAGAGACCCCUCCCCUCAACACCCCACAACGCUCAGUCACAUUGGCUUGAUCAGUCAGCGUUUUCCUCGUGGCGUCACCUCAUUUCAUGAUGUCAUCGACUCCUGGUUCGAGGAGGGAAGGGAUUUUCUCUACUUGAGUGGGCGAUGUAGAGAGAACACCACCUGUCAACACUAUACACAGAUGGUGUGGGCCACUUCCAGUCAUGUGGGCUGUGCCAGCCAGCUGUGUCAGAGGGAAGGAGGCCUCUGGGACAUAUUUGUCUGUGCAUAUUACCCUGGGGGGAACUGGGAGGUGAAUGGCCGCCUGGUGACGCCCUACAAGUCGGGGCUGUACUGCUCCCUCUGCACGUCUUCCAUGUCUGGCUGCUUUAGACUGUGGGAUCAUGUAGGUGGAUUGUGUGAGAUUCCAAGGAACCCAUGUCGUAUGAGCUGCGGUCAGCACGGCCAUCUUAACAUCUCAUCAUGCAAGUGCAACUGUGAUGCGGGCUUCACCGGACGCUUUUGUCAAGUACGUUGCAGUGUGCAGUGUGUGCACGGUCAAUUCAAAGAAGAAGAAUGCUCUUGCUUGUGUGAUGUUGGCUACGCUGGUGCUGAGUGUGCAGAGAAAGUGCAGUUUCCCUUCCACGGCUGUGACGUGAUGAUAGAUGGAGAGUGCUUCACUGUGUCUUCAGAGGCCGACACCUACUAUGGAGCCAAAAUUCACUGUCAGGAACAAGGGGGAAUUCUAUGUCAGAUCCACAGUCAGAAGGUUCAGGACAUCCUGGCGUUUUAUCUCAGUCACCUGGAGACAAGUAAUGAGGUCACCAACGCCGACUUUGAGACACGGAAUUUCUGGAUUGGUCUCACAUAUAAGCCUCUGAAAGACUCAUUUCGCUGGGACACAGGAGAGAUCCCUGGAUUCAGCAGCUUCGCCUUUGGGCAACCUGACAACCAAGGUUUUGGAAACUGUGUCGAGCUGCAGGCAUCAAGUGCUUUCAACUGGAAUGACCAGCGCUGUAAAACACGGAACCGAUACAUCUGCCAACAUGCUGCAGAGCACAUUGCCCGGUGGAACGAUGGCAGGUGAUGGACCUCGAUUCCUCAAAGUGGUGAGACCAUGGUCUGUAAAUUAAGAUGGACGACCCGUCACCACUAUCCAGAAAUGGAGCUAAAACAUCCUGGAUACAAGACAUUUGGAGCCAGAGUCAGUGGGGGAUGGAGCUGCAGUAGCAACGUCCCCAACGUCCGCUCAAACAAUCUCAAGUCAGUCUCAGCUGUCAAUCAUUUCACCCCAUUUUGAUGUCAAAUAAUGAACCUGUUUGUCUCCCAUGCUAAUAAAGAGGAGGUGGGACUUAUGACCUACACUGAAGCCAGCCACCAGGGGGCAAACAAGACGUUUUGGCUUCACUUUUGGGGAGAAGUCAUGUCAUCCACUUUUAUAUACAGUCUAUGGGUGAAACUAGGUUUGCUGUACUGUACAUGUUAAAUGUCAGAUGUGACAACAACCACUCUCGUUGGUAUCUUCUGUCAAUCGCUGUAG